AUGGAGGUGAAGAAGUGUGCGGUAUGCCAAAAGUCGGAGGGUGAACUGCAGCGAUGCAGCCGAUGCAAGGAGGUCCACUACUGCUCCCGUGAGCACCAGGUGGAGGAUUGGAAGAAGGGACACAACAAGGCGUGCAAGGCGCUCUUCAUCGACCGAGUCGACAGGGCCUACGACGUCGGCCACGUCGGUCUCACCCACGACGGCACUCGCCCGAUCCACAUGUUGACGAAGGACGACGUGCGAGACAGCGCCGGCGGGUGGUGGAUGCUGCCCAGCACGAGCGUGACCACCGACGCCGAGGGCAUCAACUGGGUCCAGGAGCACUUCGACACCAAGAACUUCAACGUCAAGUUCUUCCCCUGGACCGACGUCCUCGUCUGGUUCGUUCGUCGCCACAACCUGGACCCACCAAGCGUUCAACGUGAGUGCAAGGAGGGAGUGCUGGCGGCGCAGAUCAUGCACCGCGGGAUGAAGGACGGCCAGCUGUCCUACAUCCGGCCCUUCCCGCGCAUCUUCCACCCGGCCUGCGUGGACCGCAUCUUCGUGAGCCACCAGAAGGCCUACCCGCACGCCCAGGCCACCGCGCCUCAGCCCAUCCAGGCCGCCUGGGAACUCAUCAAGCCCGACGGCGAUGGUGUUGGUGAUGGUGGUGAUGAUGAUGUAGUGGACGAGCUGCAGGCGGGCCUGGCGCAGCACGACGACCAGUUCAGGACGACCCUCGACGCCAACAAGACGAAGGUGGCCAAGGACGUCGGUGUCAUGUGA